AUGGGCGUGCAUUUGCCAAUCGAAAUACCGCAUUGUGGAGAUCUGAAAGACUCGACGACCCGCACAAUUCUGGAACAAGAAGAAGUGGGUGUGCUGCACUUCUAUGAUGUUUGUGAACUCGCGUCAGAGACCGUCAGUGUGCAGGAUGCGUCCGUGAAGGUGUUUUGUGAGAGUCUGAGCAACUGCUAUGAGUCGUUCCGAAGCUUUGACAUCAAGAUACUGGCUGUGAUUUUAUCGCGGUUUGAAGAGGUGAUGCUGCUUGAUGCCGAGUCCCAUGUCGCUCUGAGAUACGGACAAGUACCAGAGUACAGGCACGCUAUUCUUUUACGAUCGUUUUACAGGCGGAAAAAUACACUGGGGAAAACUUCUCCAUCGUCGCAAUGA